CUUUCCGCCGCUUCCUGUAGUAUCAUUUCCAACCCUUAGAGGGCGCGUAAAAAGAUUGCGCGACAACUUCUCGAAGCCGCCAGAACCGUCGCCUAGCAACCUCUGUGAAAUCCUAAACAAAACUAUCGCGCGGUGUCACAACCUACGGGUCUGCUGCAGUUGUUGUGACCGCUAUUGACACUUGGGGUUCCUGAGCGGGGUUUUUCCGGAGACUGGAAUAUGUCACCUACCAGGGACCCCUUCCCGUUUCCCCACUACGAAAGUGAAAACACCUGCCCUGGUCAGCCCAGGAAUUGCCAGAAAGCUCUCUAUGCUCUGCCCACCCACCUGGUGCAACAACGAGACCCCUGGAAUCGAUUGCAUGCCAUGCCUACCCUAGCAAGCACCAGGAGGCAAGUCUGGUACACAGAACCUGAGGUUUCCAGAGACAGCCUGGAUUUUAACCUCAGUUCCUUGUACAAUCAUCACAAAGACUUGCUUAAAGAAAAGAGCAAGGUAGUUCUCCAUAAAGAAACCAUUUUUGAUGACCAUGGAGCUCUGAAGAGUUUACAGUCUGUGAAGGAACGUGCUGUGCCUCCAGUUCAGCCUCACACUUCUAAGGGCAUUUCUGUGAGACACUGGGUCAACCCAGUAAAAGAGUCAAUCCACAGCUUUGAGGGAGCCAUUGAGAGUCCUCACACUGCAGCCACCAACAGUGGAUACUCUCGCAAAGAGAAUGGUGGGAUCUUCUAUCACUAAAAGUUUUGCAAGGCCAUCCUUCCUUCAUCCUUCAGCUUGCGUUAAUUUGCAUCUGAGUUCAUUCUUUAGUCUGCUUUGCUUUUUGAUUCUUCAUUAAAUGCCCCAGCUUCACUGAACUCUAGUAAGAUCACAUCUAUUAAAUGCAACCAUUCUCAUGC